UUUAUAAAAGUACAAAUGACUGAAAGACGGAGUUGAAUAUAUAAAUGUAAACAUAAUUGCUGCCUUUGCAUCCGUCCAAUGAAGCAAUAUCUUCAAGCGCUGCCUUUCCGUCCAAAUAAAAAAAAUUUAUUCAUCUGGUAAUUUUAGAGAUUAUUGUAUUCAAAAUAAUUUGUUGUAAACUAUACUUGUAUGUAAGUACAUUUUAUACCGUCCACUAAUAUUUUUUGUAGUAAUAAAUCUUUAUAAGGUUUUCCAUGUAUUUUUACAUUAUUUCAUGCGUUACUCAGUAAAGUAGUAUCUUGAGUAGAAAAAUCAACGGAGGACGUGAAAUGAGAUAGAACUUGUUUACAUAUAAAUCCAAACUUUAUGAAAAGUAUUGCUUGUUUCUCAAAUGGCGAAACAUCGGAAGUAGAAUGCUGACGCGCGAUGACAGAAAAGAUUGAAAUUACAAUUGAAUAACGAACGGGAAAAAAGAUUAUUGCUUUGGCUGUCAAAAAUUCUCACGCAAAUCUUAAGUUUGGAUCAAAAUUUCUAAAGUUAACACGAUUCUUAAUCCGCCCCUAAUCAUUCAAAUAAUGUAAUUUUAAUAAAAAUCUCGAAUAUUAAAAUCUUGAAUAUUAAAGUUCUAUUAUUAAUUGGAAAACAGAUUGUUUUUGCAAGAAAAUAGUGCAGGAUAAAGCGAUAUGAAUAGUGAUACUCUGUCAACAAAUACGUUUAAACACAAAAAUUUAGAAAAAGGAUCUAACACGCAACUCGAUAGGCGCAAUAAGCCUCAAGUAACUGAUGCUCGCCAAAUAUUCGACAAUUUGAAUCAAUCCAGUCAACAAAAGCAGAAAUUAGAUUCUAACUUAACAUCGACAUCUCAUACCUCAUCUUCAUCUACAAAAUAUACUAAUGCCAUAACAGGUAAAUACCAAGUCCAUAAAUUAGUGGACAGCAAACAAGUUCCAUUUCAUCAAUUUGACAAGAAGGCAUUUCUUCUAGAUACUUACGCUCGUAUCGUUGCUAGUAAUAACAGAUGCUGUCCUAAGCGAUUGCGUCAACUUGCUAAACCAAAAAGACAGGCUCGUAGCGAUCUGAAUGACUAUGCUGCGAAUUUCGAUUUAAAUUAUGGUCAUGUAACUAAAACUUAUAUGAAAGACAAAAGCAAAAACUUAAAAGAAUUAAAGAAAAAAUAGUUCAGUUAUCAUAAUACAUUGAUUUAAAUAAUUUCUCAGCAUGAUUACUUCAGUUUCAAACAAUUCAACAGAAUUCAAAAG